UGUGUAUGUGUAUGUUGUUAUUCGCACUCGUAUUUAUUUGCUUGCUAUGCCAAAAAUAUAAAGUUUGAUAUCAAAAUCUAAGGGGCAGAGCUAACGUGCAUAACAGUUGGCGAAGGAAAUAUCGUGAGUUGUAACGGGAACGGUUAGCUGAUUCAGCGAGUGCUCUGCUAUUUUUAGAGCAAUUAGGAAAGAAAAACAACAACAGCAACAGCAGCAGCAGCAGCGACAACAACAACAAAGUUAAAGCCGUGCCGGCUGCUGCGCCGCAGCGUCUGUUAAACAAGAACAACAACAACAACAGCAACUGCGUAGCUGUUCGUCGCAUUUGCAUAAAUAUGUAAGGCUCUCCCGGUCUUUAACCCGCCCCUGCUACGUUACUCACCCUGCGGCCACCGUUAUCAAGUGUCGAAAAUAAAUAAAAGUAAAAAGUAAAAAAAAGUAAAUUGUGCAAAAUUGUUAAAAUUGGCUCAGCGUUUUGCAUUGGCAGCGAGUCCGUGUGUGUGAGCGAGAGAGUCCAAACAGUGUGUGUGUAAACGCAAUGGCGCUCAGCCCUGAGCAUCAAUUUAGCUGCUGAGCAGAGCUCAAAGCUUGUCGACAGAUUCUAAGUUGAAAACCGUGAAGCAGCUGAGCGAAUAUCCCAGCGCAACUGCCAAAAUGUCAACUACAACGAUAACAGCAACAACAACAACAACAGGAGCAGCAGCCGCAGCAGCAAACGCGGCGUCGACUUCAGCUGCGUCGCCCCCACCAAAUGUGAGCGGCGGACGCAUCGCUGACUGUCGUAAAUUCUCACCAAAUAUAUUCAACAAGAGCAAAUGCAGCCAUUGUUUUCGUCAGCGAGAGGAGCACAGCGCCGCCGCCUUGGAAUGCAAUAGGGCAUCACGCAAGGUGUCCAAAUGUGGCUACUUGUUUGUGGCACCAGAUUGGGACUUCUCGAAUCCAUUGUAUAGAACUAAGCGUUGGCAACGACGAUGGUUCGUCCUCUACGAUGAUGGGGAGCUGACUUAUUCAGUGGAUGAUUUUCCCGAGACGAUACCACAGGCCUGCAUCGACAUGACCAAAGUACUCGAAGUAAGCAGCGCCGAGGAGGUCACCGGCCAUACAAACUCCAUUGCCAUAACAGCGCAGGAGCGCGUCACCUUUGUGAAGGGCAUAAGUCCGGACGAGUCGCAAUGGUGGCUCAAUAUAUUGACAGCCUUUCCCAAAUCGAAGGGCCGCCACAAGCGUAGCACCACACUGCCCGGAGGUCAGAUCAGCUGCCUGCGGCAGUCCUCAAACGUGGACAUGGCUAUCAAGUUGGGCAACCGCCAUAGCUCCUAUCACAAGGAUACCCUAACGUCUUCGCAAUCGGCUGGCAAUCUGCUAUGUAGUCUAGACGACAGCAACUCUACGAAAAAUGUUGGCCUAACCGUCAGUGCGAUGGCAAAUGAUGAUGCGGACGAUGGCGUUGAGACGGGUGAGGACGAAGAGGAUGAGGAUGAGAAUCAGCGACAGUUGUCUAGGAAAACAAAAGCCACGUCACCAACGAGCUGCCAUGGGGGACAGGAUGAGAAUAAUCGAAAUGCUGGGAAUGAAAUCACUAAUCGUGUUUCCCAACCCACUGGCUGCUUGCUGAUCGAGGACAUUCGACGGGACGAGAAAUCGAUCAAGGAUAUUGCCAAUACGAUAACUAACCUUAGUCAACAGCAGAACAAGCGCUGGUCGACGGCUGUCAACAAUGCGCUGAACAAUCAUUACCAGUAUCAGAAUUCGCGCGAUGAGACCGACUUCCAAGUGACGUCCUCUGCUAAAACCGAGCAAACGACUGCCAAUCUGAGACCAAAGUCAUUACCACUGGCGGCCAAUUCAACGCCAGCCAUUGUGUCCGCAAUAGUCAAAAAGAUACCCACAGUUUUGGUGUCUCAACAGCAACAGCAACAGUCGAAGCAACAAGCGGAGAGCGCAAAGAGCGGAAAAGCCGGCAGUCGAUUGCAGCUGCAGCUGAAACCCGCUAAACACUAUCAGCAUGAACGUGGAGAUCCCGAUGGCGGAUGCAACCUGGAUGAGCUGUGCGCCAACUACUUGGCCAAGUCGGAUGAGCUAAGACCCGUGAUCAAGUCCAGCAAGUGCACAGCCUCCAGCAAGUCGUCGGCCAAGACCCUAAAAGAAACCCUAAAUGCCAAAAAAGGCUGGCUCAUGAAGCUGGACAACCGCACGGGCGAGUGGAGCAAGCACUGGUUCACCCUAAGUGGUGCGGCGCUCUUCUACUACAGAGACCCGUUAUGCGAGGAGAGAGGAGUGCUCGACGGUGUUCUGGACGUUAACAGCCUGUCGAACGCAGUAGAAGAGCCCAGCGUAAGCAAGCAGCAUGCCUUUCAGCUAAUUACGUGGGACAAACAGCGGCUAUUCCUGGCCGGCCUCUCGCCCAGCUCACGAAACAGCUGGCUGGCGGCCUUGCGAAGUGCAGCAGGUCUGCCACAACUGCUGGAGACCACAGCAGCAACGGUGUCGCCCACGGCAAUAAAGCAGAGCGACAUUGAGCAGGACUUUAUUAAGGCGCAACUUCAGACGAACCCACACAGCUCUAGUCCGGCCACGCCGGGAACACCGGCAAAUGCGCCGCAUUUCUCCUCUGACGAAGAGUACCGCACUGCCUCGGAGGGCGGCCGUCGAGACAGCCUCGAUUGGGGCUCGCCGCUGUCUCCGUCGCCGCCAGUUCUGCGCAGCUGCCUGCGCAAUCGCAGUUUGGCUAGUCUACACAAGCGUAGCCGUAGCUCCCCGCCCAGCUCACGUCGCAGCACAGUCGAUAGCGUGGCCAGCGAUGAGCUGCCUUUGAUGGCAGUGCCCGAGGAGAUGCGGCCGGACCGUGAGCUCAAGCAGCAAUGCGAAACGCUGCGCACAGAGGCCAAGCUACGAGAGGCACGCAUGUCCGAGCUGCUCUCCACACUGCAGCGCACCGAACAGGAGCUGACGGCGCGGCUGCAAGAGCAGCAACAGCAGCUCAAUGGCGAGCUGACCAACGCCAAGCAAAGUGCAGCGGAACUUGUGCAUGGCCUCAGCUUGCAGCUGACGGAGAGCCAGUGUAAGAUCAAACAGCUGGAAGAUCGACUGGCGCAGGGCAUUGAGGAGAACGAGAGUCUAUAUAAGCGACUGCGUGAAUUCCAAGCGGGCAAUAGUCAGGGUCAGGUGCCCAGCUUGAGCAAUCUGCAGCGUCACAAAAUGAAGCGCAUGGACUCGCUUAGCGAUUUGACUACGAUCAGCGAUAUAGAUCCCUAUUGCCUGCAGCGGGAUUCGCUGGCCGAGGAAUACAACGAGCUGCGCAGCCGGUUCGAGAAAGCCGUCAAUGAAAUUCGCGCCAUGAAGCGAGAGCUCAAACAGUCCCAAAACCAAUACGAUGCCCUCGAGCUAAUCCAAACAGCUCUGCAGCAGAAAUUGGAACGCAGCCAGAUGGAGGAUGGUGCACAGCUGCAACUGAUGGCCGCUCGCAUUCAGGAUUUGACGAUUAAGUACAGCACCUCGGAACGGCAAGUGCGCGCGCUUAAGCAGAAGUUGGCCAAAUCCGAGCGACGACGUUCACUUUCAUUGAAAGGCAAGGAGCAGCUGGAGCUCAAGCUCAGCGAGAUGCAAAGAGAAAAUGUGGAGCGCAAGUCCACUCCAAGCUCCAACCCAAGCACCGAGUCUAGCAGCGAAUCUAGCAGCCAGUCAUCGCCCCUGAACUCCCAUCUGCUGCAGCGUCUGCAUAGCCUAGAGCAUAUUCUGCUUAGCAGCAAGGAGCGGCUCGAGCAGAGCGUGACCCAGCUGCAGCAUUUGCGUGCGGGUCAUCGCAGCCGUCGAUCCGUGUCGCCACUGAAUGAGCGAAAGGACGGACUAAGGCAACUGGAGCGCGCUCUCACCGAGACCUGCGUCCUGGUCAGCGAGCAGAUGGAAUUGUCGUGCUUGCAGGAUUCCUGCCAUAAAUGCUGUGAGCUGCGGCAGCGCAUCGAUAAGAUGACAACACUUCAACAGCAGACCGAAACGGAUCUCCAGCGAAGCGAACAGCUGCUGGAGCAGCGCGAGAAUGAACUGGCCAUUGCCCUUGAGAAGUGCGUCAGCCAGGAGCAGGAGCAGCAGCUGCUGCUGAAGCAGCGCAACGAACUAAGCGACGAACUGGGCCAACAGCAGGAGCGCUGCAAGCGAAUGGAGAAACGUCUCGAUCUGCUAGAAAAAGAGCACGGCAAGCAGCUGGAAUGCCUCAGGGAGGUCUAUAGCCACGAGCACGCCAAUGUGCCAGACGAGCCAAGUUUCCGCAAGCGCUAUCAGACGGAAAUUGAACAGCUAAGGACACUAUGCGAGAAGGGACUCAGUGCCAUGGAGUCAUCGCAUCGUCGACUAAUCUGCGACAUGGAGGAGAAGCACAAGCUGGAGAUUGAGCGUCUGCUGGCAGAGAAGGAAACAGCCUUAGCUGAGGAAACGCAGGCAACUUUGGCUGCUCUGGAUGCUAUGCGUAAAGCACACCAGAGCGAGGUGCAGCGCGAGGUGUCGCGCUUCAAAGCUGAGUUCCUGCAUCAGGUGCAGCGUGGGGAACAUAUGCGAGGAGAUGGCGUCAAGCUGAAGGAAGAGGAGCUCGACGAACUGCGUCUAGAAAUUCUGUCCUUCUCCGAAAAGUAUUCCAUAAAAUGUGUGGAAAAUGCUGCACUGGAGGAGAAACUGCAUCUGGCCAAUGGCAAGCUGCGGCACUUCCAGCAAAUGCAGCAACUGGAGUUGAGAAAUCGACAAUUCCGGGCGCACUUGGCCUCUGAGGACCCAGGAAGCGAUAUGCACUUUGUGCAGGGCCUGACGACAGGCUCCAAGGAGGAUGCUGCCUGCCAAGACAGUGAGCCUGUUCAGAGCUCACCACAAAUGGUUGAUAUAAACACACGAAUCACAACUACAACAAGUACAACAACAACUGCAUCUAUAGACCCAGACACAGACCCCGUAACGGCAUCGAGAGAGCCCGAUAAAAUGGAGCAAAACCCGUUUGUGAUACCCUCCCAUGAGCUCAGUCGUUGCCAAGCGUCUGCCACAAGCAUUUCUGAUUCCGGCAAAGAUAUCGAUAUCGCUGACAAUGAGCUAGCCUACGAGCCGUGCUACAAGCCCUACGAUAUAUUUGCCAUAUAUCAGAAUCGUUUAUGUUUUCAAGGUCUGAAAGGCAACUCGACGUUUGGAAAGAAUUUACGAAAGUCCACUGCUAAAACAACAUCACCAGCAUCAUCAGCAACAGCAACAGCAUCAGCAUCAGCAUCAGCAACUGCACUAGCAACUGCUAAUAAUCUUAACCUGCCCAAUUCGAAGGGAUCAAGUCACAAAAGAAUAUAUAAAACAGCUGCCGUCAUUAACAUACAGCAACAGCACAACCCUGACAAUGAAAUACAACAGGAAAAAGCACAAUGAACAAUGAAAUAGCGAAAAGCUAAAUGGAAAACAAUUGAAUGGAAACCCAUAACCAAGAGCGAACAACAGCAACAACAAAACCAGUGGAACAACCAAAGAAUAAUUAGUGCUAAUAAUAAAUAAAU